GGGAUUAUGGUUUUUUUAUUAGCUUAGUUCAGCUUUAGUUAAAUCAAUUGUUCGUCCUGGAGUGUAUAAUUGCGCUUUUGAUUAUUAAUCUAAUUGGUAUAUUUAUUUAUGAAUUCGAAAUUAAAAUUUGAAAGUAUAAACUUUACUGUGAAAAUCAAUAGCCAAUGUAGAAAAUAAAACAGAGCAUUUGUCAUGCUGUUUUUGAGCAGUUCAAAUGGAUUUUGCACCGUUUUAGUGAAUGCGUUUUCCCCAUUAUAAUUUUUAGUUUUACUAUUCCAACUGCCACCAGAUGUUGUUCCUUCUUCCACCCUUUUUAAUAGUCCUUUUCAGCCGGGGAGCGGUAUCCAUGGAUUACUGCGACAAGGAUCUGUGCCUGCCUCAGAUAACGCAUAUUGCAUGUCGAAAUUAUGGGGUGAGUCUGGAGUCUUAUACUAUAUCCAUAGUAAUUGCCUACAUUUUCCAGGAUUUUGAUGAAAGUUGUGGGAGUGGAGCCGUCAUUAUGCAGUUCCCUAUGAAUCUGAGAGCCCAGUUGUUGAACGUUUUGAAUGAUUUCCGUAAUACAGUGGCAUUGGGAAAGCAUUCGUCCUUUCGUCCGGCUGCCCGGAUGGCGACCCUCCGGUGGCACAAGGAGCUGGCCGGAUUGGCCAAGUUUGCCUUGAGGCGCUGUGAGAAUAUGGAUGAUUUCUGCAGCAAUACGCAUGAGUUCAAGUACGUGUCCUAUAUCUACGGCAGUAGCAGGUGGCUGCACCGGGAGAAGACCCCCAGAUCCAUCGUGGAAUUUGUGUUGAAAUAUUGGAUGGAUGAUAUGAAGGCCUGCACUAUGGCGCACAUCAAUGCCGAGAGACCGCCCAAAGAUGGACAAUGUCGUGGUUACUUCACCCAGUUGGUUCAAGAUCUGGCCGCCCACGUCGGCUGUGCCAUGAUGAUGCGACGGAGCCACAGCGACGGACUGUAUCAGUACGGACUCUUGUGCCAGUUUUCCCGCGGAAAGAUCGCCAAUGAGCUGGUCUACCGGGAGAGUUCGCAUCCGGGAAGUCGAUGCUAUGCGGGAACACACUCCACCUAUCAGGGUCUCUGUUCGCCCGAGGAGCAUGUCAAUCCCAAUGCUCUGCAAUUAGGCGCCCUCAAUUAAAUUAGUCACGUCGCGGCUAAUAAAUGUAGGAGUUAAGAUAGCUUUAGA